AUGGCAAACUCGGCAGAGGAGCGCGCUCACUGGCGCGACGUCCUCCGCGCGUUCGAUGGGUACAUGCAGUACCAUCUCUCGGCAAACCACGCGCGACGCAUGGCGUUCCUUUCGCUACCCAAGGACCAGCGUGAGCUGUAUGAACAGAUUGGGUUUCGCGACAAGCUCGAGGCGGUGGACGAGGGGAUCAGGCGAAACGCCGAGUUUAUCGACCUCAUGAUCGCCGACCCAGUGUUUGCGGACAUGCUCGAGAGCGACGCGCCGGCCCACCCCCAUUCGCAUGACCAUGGCGCGCACGACGGCGGGCACUCUCACGACGCCCAUGCCCAUGGCCAUGGCCACAGCCACGACGCGCACAGUCACGGCCACAGCCAUGACGCAGCCCCAAGCUCCAACUCGGGUUCCAGUGCGGCCUCUGCUUCUGCGUCUGCUCCUGCGUCAGCGUCCGGCAGCGGGACCAAGGCCUCUGGCCCGUCGCAGCGCGACCGCGACCUGCAGCAGGACAAGGUGCGCUCUACGCUGCGGUCGUUUGUGCGUGACUGGGCUGUCGAGGGUGCCGCCGAGCGCCAGGCAUGCUACGACCCCAUCGUCGCCGCGCUCGAGGAGCACUACCCCGACGUCUCGGCUCGCGGCAAGGUCAAGGUCCUCGUCCCCGGCUGUGGUCUUGGCCGACUUGCGAUGGAGAUUGCUGCGCGCGGGUUCUGGGCGCAGGGCAACGAGUUUAGCACGUACAUGCUCAUUGGAAGCCACUUUGCGUUGAACCAGUCUACACACGAGCGGGAACACACCAUCUUUCCGUGGCUCCAUUCGUUCUCCAACCACCAGACGACUGGGUCCCACCUCCUCCGUUCCGUACAGGUGCCCGACGUUGUCCCGUCCUCGAUCCUCGCUGGGCCCGUCCAGCCCGGCGGGUUCAGCCUCGUCGCCGGUGACUUUGAGGAGGUGUACGGCCCCAGCCAAUGGCUCGACACACCCAACACGGCGUCCGCGUCCGACGACGACGACGAAGAAGGCGGCCGCGUCAACCAGCGCGGGCGGUGGGGCGCGGUCGUGACGUGCUUCUUCAUCGACACGGCACGCAGCAUCCUCAACUACCUGCGUAUCAUCCACGGCCUGCUCGACGACGGCGGCGUGUGGAUCAACCUCGGCCCCUUGCUGUGGCACUUUGAGAACGCGCCCGCGAGCGCCAAGGGCGAGAUGAGCAUCGAGCUCAGUCUCGACGAAGUGAAAGAACUGGCACGCACCGUCGGGUUUGAGAUCAAGCAGGAGAGGAUGGUCUCGUCGACGUACACGGGCGUCCCGGACAACAUGCUGCAGCACGUCUACAACUGCGCGUUCUGGACAGCCACCAAAAUCCCGCAACAGGGCCAAAAGUAG